UGGCUCACAGCAGGUUGGGUCCACGCUCGCCACCGGGGGGGAGGCAAGCGGUGCGGCGCCCGCGUGCUGACGCCAGCCGCCCCGCCCCGCGCGGGAGGGGCCUGCAGGCAGAAGGCCCGCGCUGAGCUAUGAAGGGCGGCUGGGGCUGGGCGUGGCCGCAGUACAAGAAGGGAGGAGGCGAGGGCCACGGCAGCAUUGCGCCAUGGUGCUGUCAUCAUUCUUCAGACUCCUCAGCCUCGUCGUUCCCGUCGGCGCCGCCAGCGAAAUGACCAACCGCAUCAGCACCAUCGUCGCCAUCGCACUGCCAUCUUCAGCAGCGUCACCAGGCAAGGGCGGCAAGAGCAAGCCCACGCCGCUGCCGGAGGACUUCGCGCUCGACCCGGGCAGAGUGCUCUCAGGGACCGUCCUGACGUACUACAGCUUCAACGGCUAUGGCUUCCUGACCCCUGAUGAGAAGGGCCUGGUGCCAGACGACAAGGUGUUCGUGCACUGGAAGAAUCUGCGCUCCACGGAUCGCUACCCGGGCCUGGUGAAGGACAUGCAGGUGGAGUUCACGGUGUCGAAGGUGGAAAAGAACGGCGUCAUGACGCUCGCCGCGGAGAACGUGACGGCCCCCGGAGGCGCUUCGAUCACAAUCCAGGAGAGCUUGGAUACCAAGAAGGAGUUCGUUGGAGGCCGGGACCUGAGGUACACGGGGACACUGAAGUUCUUCGCUCCACAGAGGGGUUUCGGCUACAUCAAGAUUGACCCGGGUUUCCAGUACGACAGAGAAGGCGUCCCCGAGGAGAUCCGUGUGGAGACGCAGGAGAUGAACUGCGGUGGGGGCAACCCUGGCCGAUAUGAGAAUCUGCAGAUCGAGUUCGGAAUUUGGGUGACGAAGCGGGGCGUCUUCAAGGGGUACAACGUCUGCUUGCCGGGUGGCCUGCCCCUGCCCCAGGACGAUGGCACCCGCGACGAACAGGGUGGCAAGGCUGUCGCGGACGCUGACGCUGCCCCAGCCGCUUCAGCGUAGUCGGCGCCCUGCGCUCAUCUCCCUCGCUGUCCUGUUGCCGGUGCUCGUCCUCCUCCCUCAGCUGAGGGCUAUCGGGUCCGCGUGCGAGCACCGCGGACAUUCUGCCAUCGAGUGAAAAGCAUGUUCUCGU